CGGAGGCAGAGACGCUUCUGUUAUACAGUGGCACAGCGAGAUCAACGGCCGUAACCAAGCAUGAAUAUCGUAUUCCCUGAGAAUCUUCCGGAACAGCAGAGAAUCAGACAUGUUCCGCCUGCUCUCAUCUAUAUCACCAAGCUUCUGUAUAGGUCGGCAACAGGACUAUCCCUAGUUUACAUUGUCCUGCUCCUCGUGGUGCAACCAUUACUUGAGAUUCAGUACGAUAGACGUAUGGAGCUGCUAUCGUCUACACUGGACAGAGCACAGAAGGUGCUGAAGCUGCUGAACAAGGUACAGCCUUUGCCACCAGUGGCUGUCAAACGUGGUGACAAGUACUACUCAGACGCCAAUGUUCAGACACUGGAGGAUGAGAAAAUACGUCAUCGUAAUUCGACGUAUGUAACCUUUGAAGAUGAAGCAGAGAAGCAUGGUACUGGAGACAAGGUGCAAGACAAUCUUAUCAGGUUACGUGACUGCAUUGAGCAUUAUAACAAGUACUGUGUAGACUUGAGUGUGAUUUCACCAACCAAUUUCCAGGUGAAGAGAUUUCAAAACAGAGUGGAGGCUUAUAAGACGCACCAGCUGUUUAAGCCAGAUGCAAAGUCCCUAUCAUCCAAGUCUGCAACGUCAGAUAUAAGACAGCAAAUAAGGACUAUUAAAGGCUGGUACUUGACUGGUCAAGUUUGAUAGCUAUUGACAUGAUCUAUUAUGAGCUGCUGAUGCGGGAAGGUAUAUACUAUGUACAAUUUGGAAGUCUGUUCCAUCUUUAAUUAAAAUUUCUUUCUCUCAUCAACGUCAAACUUGAACAGUCUCUUUAGAGACCCAGGUUGUUUCCCC